ACUCCGAGCAAGCCUUCCUUUACCCCUUUCCCAUCGUCAUCAUCUCUGCCAUCUCCGUCCGUCAGCGCCAUCAGCGCCAUCAGCGAUAUCACAUAAGCAGCAGCGAAGCUCUGCGCCCGCCCCGCGCCUGCCUUCCCGCCUUCCCGCCACCUGGCCAUCCUGCCAUCUUGCCAUCCUGCCAUCCUGCCUUUCCUGCCGUCCCGCCAUCCCCGCCUCUAGCACUGGAUCCUGACGACGAGGAGCAACGUCAUGCUUGGUACGAAUCGGCGCGACGGCUACUUGCCCCUUCCAUUCGGAGGAGCACCGCACAAGGCCAAGGUGCACGGGCGGAGUCGCUUCUGGGUUCUCCUAGCGUUGGCCAUCGUGGGCUCCUUUAUCUUCAUUGGCACAAUCACCUCGGGACGAGAGGGGCAGCACGGCAGCAGGAGCAUCAAGCAACUGCCCUACCACAUCUUUGGCGCCGGCAACGGUCCCUCGGACGGCUACCAUCCCGGCGUGCAGGAGCCAGAGGACAGAUGCCAGCUGGACCCCAAGACGCUGGCCCACCUGAAUUUGACGGCCUCGAUCAGCUACGCACGACGAUACGUCAGACAGAGGCCCUACGAGGAAGGUCCCCAUUCGAAGUCGAGGGAUCCUCAGCUGAUUGAGGAAGUAGGCGAAGGGCUAUUCAAGCAGGUGGAAGGCGUCGACCUCGUCAAUGCGCGCUCCCUCGUCAUGGGUCACGGCAGCGACGGCUCGGCGGGGACAACCACGGCGGCGGGGACGUCGACAACGGGCGGCGGCAAGGAUCACGAUGCAGGCUCACUUGAUGGCGACGAAGUGCCCGACGACAGCAAAUCGACCGACACAGGCGAGGCAGACAAGGGAGAGCUUCGCGAAUCAAGCCAGAGCACUAGGCUUCGAGCGACACCCAAGAACACGUCGCACCAGAAGGUCGAGCUGCAGCACUGCUUCGACGAGACCCUGUCGCUCUACACCAAACAGAACUUCAACCCCGUCGACGCCCGGCACCUCAUGUUUGGUGUCGCAUCCACCGCCGAGCGCCUGCUCGAGCUGGCGCCCACGAUGGCCACGUGGCUCGCCCACACCGGCGCCCGUCUGAUCAGCAUCGUCCCCGACAGCGACAAGGUUGCCCAGCUCCAAGAGAUGUUCGAGGCGCUAGGCAUCGAUGCCGUCGUGCUCCUGUCCAACGAGCCAUACCUGAAGAACUACUUUAAACUUGUCGAGGCCUUUUACAUCCACGCAGACAGUGCCACGAGGUGGGUCACCUUCCUCGAUGACGACACCCACUACUUUUCCCUCCGUCGCUUCGUCCAGAUGCUAGACAAGUACGACGCAGGGCGCGAGCACUACGUCGGCGGAGUCUCGGAGGACUUUCGCCAGAUGCGAGGCCCGGGCAUCUAUGCCUUUGGUGGCGCCGGUGUCUCGCUCUCGGUGCCCUUGCUCGAGAAGAUGCACUGGAACUAUCCGCACUGCCAGGGCAUUCUCUCGCCCGACCCAAACACACCUGGCGAUCUCAGGCUGGCCAAGUGCAUCUAUUUUCACACUGCCACCAAACUCUCGAUGGAGACCGACAUCCACCAGGUGGACCUGCUUGGAGACACUGCGGGCAUCCUCGAAGGUCCCAGCCCACCCAUCAGCUUCCACCACUACCGGUCCUGGUCGCCCCACGACGUGCUGAGGACAACAAAGGCCGGCAAGCUCUGUGGGGGCUCUUGCCUCUUUCAGCGAUGGAAGUUCACGCGGCCCGUGGCUGGCUAUGCAUUCACGACGCUUCACCUGGGCUUCAGCAUCGUCCGCUACGCCGUCGGCGUCUUUCCCGACAUGGCAAGGACAGAACGGACUUGGGCAACGUUCCCAGAGAGCAUCUUCGACCACUCUCUGCCCCCUCUGCGAGACCCGCUCGUCGAGGGCGUCGAUCGCUUUACCUACAGACUAGAAGGCAGCGGCGACGAGGCAGACGGCGUCUUCCGUCAGACUUAUGUCCGUAGAGCGGCCAGCGAGACGGAGAACGACUCUGUCCUCGAGCUCUUUUGGAUCUGACCCCCCUUUCAGUCACCGAUAUCAUAUUAAUGGACACUUUUACGCUUCACCCACCUCUCUCUCUCUGUCUCUCUCUCCCCUUGUCCUCUCUCUCUCUCUUUCUCUUUUCUCUCUUUUUAUAUCACACACCCCGUCGCAUCUCGUCGCAUUUCGUCGCAUCUCAUCGCCCUCACUGGCUGGGUCGCCCUCAUUGGCUGGUCUACCUGACCAAAUCACGAACUUUCGCCUUCUCGGCCUUGUACGGUUAUUCUCUUUGUCCUCGUCAUCAUCGUCGAAAGCCAAUAUAUCUCUUUUCUUUGUCUCGUUU